AUGGAGUCGAACGUAACGGAAAAAAGCGAGGAUAAAUUAAAUAAGAAACGGAACAAACCGAACAUAAUAUCGAGACUCUUCAUUUGUUGGGUGGUACCUGUUAUUUACAGAGGAAAUGUUAGAGACGUAGAAGAAACCGACUUGAUAGUUCCGACAAAAAAAUAUGACUCGGAUCGUCUUGGCGAUAAGCUUGAAAGAUACUGGUUGGAAGAAUUACAAAAUGCUGCGCAAACUAACAGAAAACCAUCUCUAUGGAGAGCAUUAGUCCGUAUGUUUUGGUUAGCUUACGUUCCAGGAGCAUUUCUAUUGCUUGUAAAUACUGCCACAAGAACUAUCCAGCCUUUACUAUUUAUUGAACUGUUAUCUUACUGGUCUGUGGAUUCUACGCUUACUGCUCAAGAGGCCGGUUAUUAUGCUAUUGCAAUGUUGGGUCUUAAUUUCCUCGGCGCCAUCUGUCAGCAUCAUAACUCACUAUUCGUAAACAGCUUCAGUUUGAAGGUCAAAGUUGGAGUGUCAUCACUUAUAUACAGAAAGGUCCUUCGUAUGAGUCAAGCAUCAAUAGGUGAUGUUGCAACCGGAAAACUGGUGAACCUUUUAUCGAAUGAUGUUGCCAGAUUUGACUUCGCAUUUAUGUUUCUUCAUUACUUUUGGCUGGUUCCUGUGCAGCUGUGUGUCGUAUUGGUAUUACUAUAUUAUACAGCUGGAUUUGCACCCUUCGUAGGCUUUUUUGGUGUCUUUGUCCUCGUCGUACCUGUUCAAGCCGGCUUAACGAAACUGACGGCAAUUAUAAGACGUGAAACAGCUCAGCGAACUGAUAGGAGAAUCAAAUUAAUGAAUGAAUUAAUAAGUGGAAUGCAGGUAAUUAAAAUGUACGCAUGGGAGAAACCAUUCCAGAUUAUUGUCAGAGUUGCUAGAUCCAAUGAAUUACAAUAUCUGCGAAAAUCUAUAUUCAUCCGCAGUAUUUUUGUGGGUUUUAUGUUGUUCACGGAAAGAACUACAUUAUUUAUCACAUCACUUACGAUUGUACUAACCGGAUCUGUACUCAAUGCUACAACGAUAUACCCGAUUCAACAGUUUCUUGCAAUUGUGCAAAUGAACUUAACUUUUAUACUCCCAAUAGCUAUCGCUAGUUUAACGGAGCUGUUUGUGGCUCUGGAACGUAUCCAAGGAGUUUUAAUGAUGGAGGAGCGUGAUGACUUAAAGGUUUUAAAAUAUGUAAAUAACGAGAGUUUAAAUGCUAUAACUUUUAACGGUAAACCAACACAUAACGGCAGCGAAUAUAUUGUUGCAAAAAAAUAUUCAGCGAAGGAAAUUAGUGGACCAAGGCUUUCAGCUGAUUUAGUACCCAGACCCCUUGCUACCAUAUCUAAUGAAUAUGCAGUAGAGUUGAAUGGUGUUAGUGCUUCAUGGACCAAUUCUAAAGACAAAAUGACCUUAAAAAACAUAUCAAUUCGACUACGUAAAGGAAAAUUGUGCGCUAUUAUUGGAUCUGUUGGUAGUGGGAAGUCAUCCCUUUUACAAGUUUUAUUAAAAGAGUUUGCAAUUUCUGAGGGUAGUUUUAAUGUAAAUGGAAGAUUAUCUUACGCUUGUCAAGAGUCAUGGUUGUUCCCGGCGUCAGUUCGUGACAAUAUUCUGUUUGGUCUACCUUACGAAGCUGAAAAGUAUAAGGAGGUAUGCAGAGUGUGUUCCCUUCUACCGGACUUCAAACAAUUUCCGUUUGGAGACCAAUCUUUAGUUGGGGAGCGUGGUGUAUCUCUAUCUGGGGGACAAAGAGCAAGGAUCAAUUUAGCAAGAUCUGUCUAUAGAGAAGCGGACAUUUAUUUGUUGGACGAUCCGUUAUCAGCUGUGGACGCAAACGUUGGUCGCCAGUUGUUUGAACGAUGCAUUAAUGGAUACUUGCAUGAAAAGACACGCAUCUUAGUAACGCACCAAAUUCACUUCCUCAAAGCUGCCGAUUACCUUGUUGUUCUGAACGAGGGCUCUAUUGAGACUAUGGGUACAUAUGAUGAACUAGUAAAAUCUGAGAAAUCAUUUUCUUUGUUAAUAUCCCAAUUAAGUGAAUCAAGUGACGACAAAGAUGGAACUGGAAAGGUUAAAAGACCGUCAGUAAAUCGGGGAGUUUCUAGAAUUUCUGUCAAAAGUGAGGAGGGUGACGAUGACGAAAAGAUACAAACCAUGGAAGCAGAAGAAAGAGCCAAAGGCACUUUGAAAUGGAAUGUCAUUACAAGCUACGUCAGUUCAGUUAACUCUGUAUGGGCCGUAGCUCUUGCCUUAUUUGCACUUUUGUUAACACAAGCCUCAGCUACUGCGGCCGACUACUGGUUAAGUUUUUGGACCAAUCAAGUUGAUAACUAUGAACAAUCCUUACCCGAUGGUGUAGACCCAGAUCCUAGUUUGGAUAAUCAAAUUGGGAUUUUAACUACUGGACAAUACCUUCUAGUGUAUGGCUGUAUAAUAUUAUUCAUUAUUAUUAUCACUCAACUACGAAUAGCCGCCUUCGUGACUAUGACUACGCGUAUCUCAAAAAAUCUUCACAACAUAACAUUUUCUAACUUAAUCAAUGCUGCUAUGCGAUUUUUCGAUACCAAUCCAUCCGGGCGCAUUUUAAACAGAUUCUCAAAAGAUAUGGGUGCAAUGGACGAAUUACUGCCGCGCAGUGUUUUAGAAGCUCUUCAAAUCUAUUUAUCAGUAAUAAGUAUUCUUGUGCUGAAUGCUAUAGCGCUUCCUUGGACUUUAAUACCAACGGCAAUAUUAAUGUUUAUUUUCGUGUUUUUAUCAAAAUGGUAUAUAGCAGCGGCACAAGCUGUGAGAAGACUAGAGGGCACAACUAAAAGUCCUGUGUUCAGCAUGAUUAACUCCACUAUUACUGGUCUAUCAACAAUCAGAAGCUCUAACUCUCAAAAUCGUUUACUAACUAAGUUUGAUGAUGCGCAGGACGUAAAUAGCAGUGCAUUUUACACCUUUUUGGGUGGUUCUGCAGCGUUUGGCCUGUAUUUAGAUUCCAUAUGCCUCGUUUAUCUUGGAAGCAUAAUAACUAUUUUCCUUAUAUUUGAUUUUGGCAACGUCGUACCUGUUGGAAGCAUUGGUUUAGCUAUUACCCAAACGAUGGCACUCACCAUGACAUUGCAAAUGGCCGCCCGAAUCACGGCUGACCUUUUAGGUCAAAUGACUUCAGUGGAAAGAGUGCUUGAAUAUUCCAAAUUACCCCAGGAAGAAAAUAUGGAGACCGGGCCCACUAACCCACCUGAAGAUUGGCCGUCGGAAGGAUCUAUUAAAUUUGUUAAUGUUUCCAUGAAAUAUGGCCCUGAAGAUCCUUAUGUUUUGAAAAAUUUGUGCUUCACUUUGGAGAGGGGUUGGAAAGUGGGAGUGGUGGGGAGAACUGGCGCUGGAAAAUCUUCAUUGAUAUCAGCACUAUUCCGCUUGGUAAACAUUGAAGGUAGUAUUAUUAUAGAUGGUCUAGAUACAAGUGGCAUUGCAAAGGCGAAUUUGCGGUCGAAAAUAUCUAUAAUUCCCCAAGAACCAGUAUUAUUUUCUGCAUCCCUAAGGUACAAUUUGGAUCCGUUUAACUAUUACAGUGACGAUGACAUUUGGAGAGCUUUAGAACAGGUUGAACUUAAAGAUGCCAUUACCGCGUUAGAUUUUAAAGUAUCAGAAGGUGGUGCUAAUUUCUCGGUGGGACAACGUCAACUAGUGUGCUUAGCAAGAGCAAUUCUACGUUCUAACAAGAUUCUUAUCAUGGACGAAGCUACGGCUAACGUUGAUCCCCAAACCGACGCUUUAAUCCAAAAAACAAUUCGACGCCAGUUUGCUACGUGCACUGUGCUCACUAUUGCCCACCGUCUCAACACAAUCAUGGAUUCAGAUCGAGUUCUAGUCAUGGAUAAGGGUCAACUCGUUGAAUUUGACUAUCCUUAUCGUCUUUUAUUAAAUCCAGAUAGCAAAUUUAGUUCCAUGGUCAGGGAGACUGGAGACAAAUCGAAGAAUUCUUUGUUCGAAGUAGCAAAAGCGAAAUAUUUUAGCGUUAAUCAUGAU